ACAGCGAAGACGAGCAGCGAAGACGAAAAGAGAAGCGAGCAGAGAAGCGAAGAGAGCAAGCGAAGCGAAGAAAGCGAGAAGCGAAAGAGAAGAGACAGCGAAGAGAGCGAGCGAAGCGAGAGCGAGCGAGAAAAGACGAGCGAGAAAGAAAGCGAGAGCAAGACAGCGAAAGAGAAGCAGCGCGAAAGCGAGCGAGACAGCGAAAGAGAGCGAACGAGAGAGAGCAGAGAGCGAAAGAGAAAGCGAACGAGACAGCGAAGACGAGAGAGCGAACAGAGAAGAGAAGCGACGAGAAGCGAAGAGAGCGAGCAGCGAGCAGCGAAAGAGAGCGAAGAAGAAAGCGAGCAGCGAAAGAGAGCAAGCGAGCGAGACAGCGAAAGAGAGCGAGCGAGCGAGACAGCGAAAGAAGAGCGAACAAGCGAAGAAGAAAGCAGCGAAAGAGAAAGCGAACGAGCGAAGACAGCGAAAGAGAGCAGCGAAACGAAGAGAGAGAGCGGCAGAGAGGAAAGCGAAGCGAGACAGAGACAGCGAGAAGAGAGAGCGAGCGAGAAAGCGAACAGAGAAGCGAGCAGACAGCGAAGAAGAGAGCGACGAGCGAAAGAGAAGCGAGACAGAGAGAGAGCGAGACAGCAAAGAGAGAGCGAGCGAGACAGAGAAAGAGAGCGAGCGAGACAGCGAGAAGAAAGCGAGCGAGACAGCGAA